CGCGCUUGCAACGGCAAAUAGCACAGUUAAAAUACUAGUGAAUUUCCCCCCCCUUAUUUUCGAACGCCUCCCUGUACGGAAAAUUCAGCGUGCGGAACUGUAGGAGGGUCCCCGGCACCAAUUUACGACGCCAAUUAGCACGGCCGAAGCACGACACCCAACCAGCUCGCGCCUGCGCCGCCCUGUUCCCUGACUCGAGAUUCCUCCACCCCGUGCCCUCUCGCUUCGAACCAACACUGGUCGAAGAUUUGGCUGCUCUGCCAUGGUCGUCCCACAACCGCCAGACGAUUGACAUCGAUACAUAUUCCCUUGGGAGGAACCAUGGAUUCGCUGUGUGCAACGACCUCCAUCGACGACGGCGGGAGCAUCCAUGCCGAGUCCCUCACGAUCGACACCCACGUUACUCGAGCUGCGCGAACCCAAUCAAUACACCAAGAGGAUGACGGCCACGCGACCGUCGAACUCGUCUCAAUCAUGGCAACAGCCUCCAAUCCGGUGUCCCCAGGGUCGCCUACUCCGCCGCUGGCCCAGGCUCGAAGACAGGAUUUCAUACCUCCCACCCGUCCGAGUAGCACGCCGUUUCCCCAGCCAGAGCCGCGCAGUACCGAGUUGCGCUGCGUCAGCCGCCCAACGAGCCAGGUUUUAGACCCCGAUGCUCCGGAUCCCGCCGACGCCCCCAAACUACCGUUGGUUGGGACAAACGUUGACACCAGCCUCAAUGAUCUCCCGACCGAAAUACACGAAUGCAUUCUCGACCAUCUGUUCGGGUUCCGGGUUUCAGCAGGGUCCAAAAGCUCCAUAACUCGCUGGGGCACCGCGCUGCGGCAUCCGCGACGAAGAGAACUGUCCGAGCUUUCACUUGUGAGCCGGGAAUGGAGGAUACUGAUACAGGAGCGGCUGUACCGGCACAUCAAGUUGAAGGCGUCGCUCGAGUCGCUCAAGAGCGCAAUGGCUUAUUUUGCGGCCCAUCCUCAUCUGCGACCCUACGUCAAACACAUCGAGAUAUGGUUUCCCGUGUUCCACCCCAAGUACAGGCCACUGGCGCUGUCCAAUGCGAACACGCUCCCCACCGUUACCCCGGACGGUCUGACGACGGCGUCUUACGUGCUGCCAAUGGAUAAUUGUUCCCUGGAGGAGGUGUUCUAUUUCGUGGCGGAGUCGCUCCCGGAAGUCUGCAUCUUGACCUUGGAGGGAGGGGAACGCAAAAAGGCGCCGAAAGUGAGACACUGGAUCCGCGAUGCCAGCCAGCACAGGGUCCGGGCGAUGCCGAAAGUCCACUCGGUCCGCACGCUCAUCUGCAAGGGGCAGUGGAACCUAAUCAGGGGGGAGGAGGACUUCGAAACCAUCAUGUCGGCCCUGCCCAAUCUGCAGGAGUGGCAUGGCUCGUACAGCAAGCCAAAGUCCAAGAGUUAUCUCACCAUGGCCGACAUCCUUGUGAAGCCCAUGCGGCUGUCCAGUCUCGAUCUCUGCAUCGAGGGGGACUACCGCCGCGAACUGUCGUUCCCGCCGUAUUUUCUUAAGGUAUCGAAUAGGCUGCACUUUUGCUCACGGCUGGCCGCGGGCGCCGCGUCGCCCUUCCUGGAACACAUCUCGUACACGGGCAGGGUGUGCAAGCAGUUCUUCAUUGACCUGAUGGCGAAGCACAAGGACCCGAGGAACUCGCGCCUCAAGUCGAUCGAUCUCACGGUGAAGAACUGCUGCCGCCAGGUGGCGCACUGGAACGAGUCCGGGUCGGGGAUCACGGACAUGAACUUCAUCAACGCGUUUGAGGAGCUCGUCAUCGCCGGCAUCCGGGCGCUGGGAAGACUCAAGUCGGUUGAGUAUCUUCGCAUCCGCUACGUUGAUCUUGACACACCGUACCCACCACUGAAUCCUCACUUUAUUCUCCGCAACGGGCGGUGCUCAGGCGUCUGGAGUGACAGCAUCAUCUCCGAGAUGAAUCGCGCCAGACCCAACGCUCGCUUCGAGGAACUCUCCGAGUCGUUUGGCGAGGUCGGGUACCAGAAGGACGGGAGGAUGACCUUCAUCCCGGAGUUUCCCGCCUCGAGGCCGAUUUCCCUCAAGUUGUCCAAUUACGCGCUUCUGGAUGCGGCAAUGUCAAUUUCGUGAGGGUGGCCUUGACACCGGCCGCGGCCCGAAGGUCUCUCCGAGGCCAUGCAGGAUCUGAUGCCCAACGUGAUGGACAACAGUACAUUACUAUCGGGGCUCUAAUUUCCCACUGUCAUUCCCUUGUUGGUUGUGCGUGUUGUCGGCGGUAUGGAAAGCGAUGAUAGAUGGGGGCGUUCUGGGUUUGAAAUUUUUGUGCUACGGCUGGCCCAGAUGGUUUUCGUAUCUGCUUGUCACUCUUGAAAUUGGGGAAUGGCGUUAUCGAUCUGUGUUGAGGUCAUGCGAGUUUGGGGGAGCCUGGCGCGGAUGAUAA